GCUGUCAGAAACGAUAUCAUGCUAUUAUAAAUAUAUAUAAAUAUAUAUAAAUAUAUUUUUUGUUUUUCUUUCAAAUAGGAAAACGGUUCCGUUUUGUGAUAGCGGUCAUUGUAUGAUGCUUGUACUUGUAUUUGUGCGUUUUGUGUGAUCCGUUUAGUUAUUUUUAGACAAUCACAAAAUAAGAUGCAAGCAUUGUAAAUGGCAGACUGACGGACAUUUUGUGAUGUGUACAGUUUGUCAAAACAACAACAAAAAAAGAGAAAAAACUUCUUCCACUCGUUCAAAGUUUGUAAUUACGAUUCUUAAGUCAUGGAAAAAAAUGCUGUUGGUUUUUACUUUUUUGUUUUAUAUUUGUUUUUGUUUUUUUUGUUUGUUUGGUUUUUUUUUUUUUUUUAAUAAAAAGCACUACAUUAUUGUGAAUACUUUUGGUGUCUGAUGUUGUGGUUUUCAACCAGAAAAAGGUGAAACAAGGAUGAGACUCUGCAGGCUGGAAAAACCGUCUGAAUUGCUAUGAUGUGGGGAAAAAAGUGAUCUGCGGAAUAUUUAAACCUCGACAACUGUAAAAUAUCUGCCAUGAAUUAAGGAGGACGUUUUGUAUUUACGAUUUAAAAAGAUACAAAAAAAGAGCAGCAACCUCCUGAGCCAUUACCAGCGCUGACCUUUGAUGAUUAUCACUGCACAGGAAAUGUGGAGGUUGACUUCCCUAUGCUUUGUUCUCUUCUAAAUAUGAAGGAAGUCCCACCUGUCAUACGUCAAGUCCCACCCGCUAUUGAGUCUGAAGUCACAUUUAAAGAAGAUGAAGAUUUAAAGCCGGCUGCCUUACCUUUCAGGAGUACUCCAUGUUUAUGCAUUGAGCUGGAAAAUGAUGACCCCAAUUGUACCAGGAAGAUUAAGAUUUCUGGAUGGAAGGUGAACUAUAAGAUCUUCAAAGCCGUACUGAAGAUGCUCCCAUCCAUAACCACCCUACAGUGUAUUCACUUCUGGCAGGCCGCUCUUUCAGAUCCAAUGGUAAUCUCCCUCACAAACACGUCUCUGGGCUCCAACCUUAGAGCUGUGACACUGGAGGGUAAUCCGCUUCUACAGCAUAGCUUCCACCUUCUGCUCACUGAAGACAGCAACCUCAUCCACUUGUCACUGCGGAAUAAUCGGAUCGGAGAAGAGGGGGCUCGUCUGAUAGGUUUGGCUCUCUCGACCUGUAAAUCUGCUAACAAGAACCUCCUGUCACUCAACCUGGCAUUCAACAAUGUUGGGGAUGCAGGUGCCACGCAUAUUGCGCAGGGCCUGAGGCUGAAUAAUACUUUAGUCAUUCUAUCGCUGGCCAACAAUAACAUCGGAGACGCAGGAGCUGCCCAUCUGGCUAUGACACUCGGGGAGUUAACUCUACAACAUGAGGAGAUUGUGGAAAGAAGAAAGAUGAUGCUGCACAAAAUACAGUCUUCUCUCAGGGCGGAUCUGGAGCAAACAGUUGGCGGCCAUCUUUCUGCCAUACACAGCGCUUCAAGCAAAGGGGAGUCCAAGAGCUCAAGCAAAAAAAGGAUUAAAGCUGCAAAAAAAGAUGAAAAAACAGCCGAUACCAAAGUCAAGAAGGGCUCAGAUGGAAAGAGACCUCUAAGCAGAAAUGUGAAAUCUGGAGGCAAAGACAAGAUGUCGUCUCCUCUAGAGGAUAAAUCAAGUUGUAACCUGAUUGAGAAUCAGGGAGAAGCUCUGGAGACAGGAAACCCCCUGCUGGUGCUGUCUGUGCAUCGCAGGGACGGCGUGCUCUACAUGCCUGGAAACACAACGCUCACCUCGCUCAAUCUAGCAGGGAACAAAAUUACAGAGAAGACUCUGCCUCUGUUCCUGGCAUCUCUGGAAAGACAGGAGGAUGUGGGAGGAAACUUGCAGCGUCUCGUUCUGCAGAGAAACCUCUUCCCUGCAGACGCUGAGUGUUACAUAAAGAUAAAAGAAAUGAAGGCCCUGGCAGAUCCUCUGGUCGAACAGAUCUCUGGACCAACGGAAGAGGAGGCGAAGGAAACGUAGUGCUCAACAAAUCUGAUAAAGAAAUAAAUGUUACAGUAC